AUGUCGCUACUAAGCAGUUUUCGUGUCACGGUUGUAAACGAAGAAGAACAACACUUCGAUCUCUUCUUCCUUCGACCCUCCCGCCAGAGCGCGACACCCGAUCGAGUAAAAGUAACCUCGAGAGAUAAGUUCGGCAAGGAGAAGAGAAGGUCCGGGGGAAGGAGAGGAGUGUCGGAGUGGAGAGCCCGGAGGAGGUCGAGGACCCGAAGAACGCCGAGGACCGUGGACUCUGCCCGAGAUGAGCCGAACACAGAAGAGCCGGAUUCGAACCUCCUCGACCGCCCUGCAAGAGCGAGGAUGACUCACCCCUCAGGAGGGAACGAGUUGAACUACAGAAGGUGGCCUGCCAGGUCCUCCGGAGAGCGGAUCGUCCCAUCUGCUGAGAGCAAUCUUCCGCCGUCGAGUGGGUCCCAGGAUCUCCUCGCAGGUACUCUACAGAACAUUACAUCCUCUGUGGUACAAGUUGCUUCCAGACUUCUACCUUCGGAGGGUUAG